AUGAUGUGCGAGGUGAUGCCCACCAUCUCGGAGGACGGGCGCGGAGGUGGUGGCGGCGGCGGCGACGAGGGAGGCAGCACGGGCAACCUGGAGUCGCUGAUGGUGAACAUGCUGACGGAGAGGGAGAGGCUGCUGGAGAGUCUGAGGGAGACGCAGGACAGUCUGGGAACGGCGCACCUACGCCUGCGAGAGCUGGGCCACGAGAAGGAGUCGCUCCAGAGGCAGCUGUCCAUCGCCCUGCCACAGGAGUUUGCAGUGCUGACCAAAGAGCUGAACCUCUGCCGGGAACAGCUGCUGGAGAGAGAGGAGGAGAUAGCAGAGCUGAAGGCAGAGAGGAACAACACACGACUGCUGCUUGAACAUCUGGAGUGCCUGGUGUCCCGUCACGAGCGCAGCCUGAGGAUGACCGUGGUGAAGAGGCAGGCCCAGUCCCCGGCCGGGGUCUCCAGCGAGGUGGAGGUCCUAAAAGCCCUCAAGUCGCUGUUCGAGCACCACAAAGCUCUGGAUGAGAAAGUGAGGGAAAGACUACGGGUGGCUUUGGAGCGAGUGGCGUCGCUGGAGGAGGAGCUGCAGUCCUCCUCUCAAGAGGUUGUGUCUUUAAGGGAACAAAUCAAGCGACGGCAGCAAGGAUUAGACAACGGCAAAGAGCGGCUUCCCAACGGACCUUCUUCCAUCUUGGAUGACGCAGACAUCGACAGGCAGAGGGAGGGCGAGAUAGAGCGGCAGAGGUCGGAGCUGGGACAGCUGAAAGAGAGACUGGCCCUCAUGUGCAGACAGGUCGGGGAGAUCGAGGAGCAGCUGACGUCGGCCAGGAGGGAGCUGGCCCGAUCGGAGGAGGCCAACCAGAAACUACAGAGGGAUGUGAAAGAGGCGCUCUGUCAGAGGGAAGACAUGGAAGAGCGAAUCACCACAUUAGAGCGCAGGUACCUUAGCGCCCAGAGGGAGGCGACGUCUCUCCACGACAUAAAAGACAAACUGGAGAACGAGUUGGCCAGCAAAGACUCUCUCUACAGACAGAGCGAGGAGAAGAACCGGCAGCUUCAGGAGCGUCUGGACGAUGCCAAACAGAAGCUGCAGCAAACUCUGCAGAGGGCCGAGACGCUGCCCGAGAUCGAGGCCCAGCUCGCGCAGAGAGUGGCAGCGCUCAACAAGGCGGAGGAGCGUCAUGGCAACUUCGAGGAGCGACUGCGACAGAUGGAGGCGCAACUGGAAGAGAAGAACCAGGAGCUACAGCGGGCGAGGCAGAGGGAGAGGAUGAACGACGAACACAACAAGCGUCUCUCCGACACGGUGGACAAGCUCCUGUCUGAGUCCAACGAGAGGCUGCAGCUCCAUCUGAAGGAGAGGAUGGCCGCCCUGGAAGAAAAGAAUGCCCUCUCUGAGGAACUGGCCAACAUGAAGAAACUCCAGGAUGAUCUGUUGGCAAACAAGGACCAGCUGAUAGCGGAGCUGGAAAGGCUUCAGCUGGAGUUAGAUCAGCUGAGAGCGAGGCCCGGGGGCUCUUAUUCCAGUCGCUCUCUGCCAGGUAGCGCUCUAGAGUUGAGGUAUUCCCACGGGGGCGGGUCCCUCCCAGCAGGCUCCACCACUCACUUGGAUCCCUUUGGUAACGCCCCCACUGGGGGCGUGGUCAGGCGGAGUCACCGGGCUCGCUGGAGCUCCGCCCGAGAGGACUCCACCAAGUACCCAGACUGGGAGAGCGGGGCUCUGCUGGGGACCGGGUUCGAGCCGGGCUUGGAUGUGGGCUGCUCCGAUGAGGAGGAUGACGGGGAGCCUCGGUUUGGCUCCGAGCUGCUGUCCCCGAGUGGACAGACGGAUGUGCAGACCCUGGCCAUCAUGCUGCAGGAACAGCUGGAGGCCAUCAAUAAGGAGAUCAAACUGAUCCAGGAAGAGAAGGAAAACACAGAGUUGCGGGCCGAGGAGAUCGAGAGCCGGGUCAGCGUGGCUUUGGACAGUCCGCCCAUCCCUCCAUCCUCCCUGGGGAGAGACAGCACAGGACGGGGCUUCAUCCCCUCGUCCAUCACGUCCUCCACCCUGGCCUCCCCCUCCCCACCCAGCUCUGGACACUCCACCCCUCGCCUGCCUCACUCCCCAGCCCGCGAGACUGAUAGACAGAACAACAAAGAUGAUGAACGGUCCCUCGCUCUUCUUGACUCUACGCCUCCUUCCACUCCUCGUGUUCCGCGAUUGGACAGGAUGACCCUCACCCAUCCGGGAGCAAUGCUAGACGACCCCCGGGAGUUUCGCAGUCUCUCGGCAGAUGGCAGCAGCUCCAACAGCAGCCAAGAUUCUCUCCACAAGUCCAGUAAGAAGAAAAGCAUCAAGUCUUCCAUCGGUCGGCUUUUUGGAAAGAAGGAGAAAGGAAGGAUGGGCCAACCUGGGCGGGAUGGAUCUGCUUCUCUUGCAUCUACACCCUCUGAAGACCUGGCCUCUGGAGAUCCAAUGGGGAUGAACAAGACUGGGACUCUGGGUCCAGCAGAUAAAGACCGGCGCAGCAAGAAGAAGCAUGAGCUACUGGAAGAAGCAUGUCGCCAAGGACUUCCCUUUGCAUCCUGGGACGGACCCACUGUUGUAUCUUGGUUGGAGCUGUGGGUGGGAAUGCCAGCCUGGUACGUCGCAGCCUGUCGUGCUAACGUGAAGAGCGGCGCCAUCAUGGCCAACCUGUCGGACACAGAGAUCCAGAGGGAGAUCGGCAUCAGCAACCCACUGCACCGCCUCAAACUCCGGCUGGCCAUCCAGGAGAUGGUGUCCCUCACCAGCCCCUCUGCCCCGGCCAGCACUCGCUCUUCGACCAGUAACGUGUGGAUGACCCACGCAGAGAUGGAGUCUCUGAACGCGGCCACCAAGCCUCCGCUGAAAGAGUUCAGCUGGGAUCAGAUACUGGCCUAUGGCGAUAUGAAUCACGAGUGGGUGGGCAACGACUGGCUGCCCAGCCUGGGCCUGCCACAGUAUCGCAGCUAUUUCAUGGAGUCCCUGGUGGAUGCACGCAUGUUGGACCACCUGACCAAGAAGGAGCUGAGAGGACAGCUCAAAAUGGUGGACAGCUUCCACAGGGUCAGUUUGCAUUACGGCAUCAUGUGCCUGAAGCGUUUGAAUUACGAUCGCAAGGAGCUGGAAAGGAGGCGAGAGGAGAGCGCCCACCAGAACAAAGAUGUGAUGGUGUGGUCCAAUGAGCGUGUGAUGUGCUGGGUGCAGACUCUCGGUCUGAAGGAGUAUGCCGACAACCUCCGUGAGAGCGGCGUCCACGGGGCUCUGCUGGCUUUAGACGACACCUUUGACUACACUGACCUGGCCCUGCUGCUGCAGAUCCCCAAUCAGAACACACAGGCCAGACAGCUCCUGGAGCAAGAGUACAACUCCCUCAUCUCCAUGGGAACCGAGAGACGACCUGAUGAGGAUGGAACUAAGACGUUCACCCGCUCGCCCUCCUGGAGGAAGAUGUUUAGGGAGAAAGACCUCCGGGGCGUGACCUCCGACUCCGCCGAGACCCUGCCUGCUAACUUCCGUGCCUCAGCCAUCGCCACGCCCUCCGUUACCCUGAGAAAGGUUCAGAGUGAUGGUGAGUCCAACUCUGGUGCCCGGGGUGAAUCGGCCUCAGUGAGGACGUACUCCUGUUGAGGGGCUGAGGGCGCUGACUGGAUUGGGACUAGAGGACCCUCUCGCUCAUCCAUGGAGAAAGAAGCAAUGAAUAUAACCAUUUAACUUAAAAAUAAAUCUAUCGGUCUGACCAUUCUGCAAUAACAGAAGCAAAGGAAUAAAGGGGAAAAUGACAUGAAGAAUGUAUGAAUGUAUUUUCCGACCAGACUAAGAAGGUUGAAUGGGAUCAGCUGUUUUCCCUCUCUGCCUCUCUCUUCCUGUCACUCUGCCUUUGCUCUUUCUCUCAGUGUGACUGUGCUGUGGGGUUAAUAAAGGACAACGCCGGUGUCGGUUAGGUUUGUGCCGGUCGUGCAGGUUUCCCCCUCUCUUCAUUCCUGGCGGAGUCUGCACACAGUCAGCAGAGUUGGCAAUAUCAGGGCUCAUUUUCCUUCCUUCACAGGAAACCACUUGCUGCCAUUUAUUCUCUUACAGUUUGAAAACAACUAAACGUGUCGCCUUAUAACUUCUGCUCGACAACAGGUGUUUUUAACGAGAGCCAGAGCAGAAGUUAACCUCACCGUAAAGUUUAGAUUUUAAAAACGAGACGAAUGACUGGAAGGAUGUUAGUGAUUGCGGGAAAUGGCUGGAUGGGCAUAAAACCGGUUAUAACUCUAAACAACACCGGUGUUCUCCUCUCCGCUCGUGAGUCGGCUGGUGUCCGGUGUCAGCCAUUGUGGCUCUAUUGUUGGCUUCUAUGGUCCCAUCAGGGGUGUCUAAGUGUCCCCAAUUGGUCGGAGUGGUGUAGUAAAACACGUCCGAAUUCAGAGCGCUGUUUAGCUCAGACCACAUCAGAGGGACCCCCCUCAUGCUUUGUCUAUUGGCACCUUGAAAGCCGAUAGGCUGAGUAAUCUCUUUUGAAGGGACCCCAUUAUGGAGAUCAAAGGCACAGAGGUGGAUGGGACAGGGUGGAGCGAGGCCACAGAGGCACUGUGUGCACCGAGUUCAUGGUGUCGAUGGCAGGAAAUCCAUACAGUUAAUGUUGGUACCACUGUCUGAAAAGGCGUGCUUUACAAGGAGUUCGUAAAGUAAUGUGAUGUUAAAGGAGUGCUCUGCAGAUUUUUCAGUUUACUCAUCAGGAGGAGUCCACAGCCUCAGUCCUCAACCUCAGUCCUCAACCUCGGUCCUCGGCCUCAGUCCUCAACCGGUGACUUCUGUGGUGCUGGAGGAGCUUAAACCUCAUGAUGUCAUAGUGACAUCAUCAUAUUUCAAAUGGCUGUUGAACGAGAGGGGGACUGGGGGUUUAAUGAAAGACACCAUUGAGCUGCUUUAUGGGAAUUGUAGAAUCCAGCAUUUUAGUGCUUCACCUCUGAUGCUUCGAUUUUAACCGUUUUUUUAGUCUGCCUGUUGUGAGUUGUGAAGAAUCCUUUUUGAUGCUGUAAAAUUUGGUUUUUAUGUAGCUCUUCAUGGAAGGACGCCACUAAUGGUUAGUUCAAACAAAAACAUUACCUCCGGGAAAAAAGUUAUUAUUAACCACUUAGUUGAUGUAAAAAGUCACUAAUAUUCUGACUUUAGUGAUUAAUAAAUGAUAAUAAGUUGUUCAUAAAUGGAUUCUUCCUAAUAAAUUAAAAGUGAGCCUACAAACCUAAAAGUGAUUUAUUAAUAAACAGUAUCUAAUUUCUGCAUUUCUAUAAACUGAAACAACAUGAAAAUGUCGUUAAUUGCUAAUUUUAAACUCUCUGUAAAAGUAAGUCUUAUCAUAAAGUGGUACCACAGUGUUGCAUAUGUUUAGGAGGUUAUGACACUGAGGUCACAAAGACUUGAACUCCUCAGCAGCCCUCCACCAUGUCUGUUUACGACUUGUAAUCAUCAGCUCAGGGUCUUGGGUAAUCCUGAUGAUGGGAGAGGCGGCAGAGGGACAAAAACAGCAGCUCACAGGGAGGAAAGAAAAAAACUAAAAGGGUGGACAGAAGCCGGUCAUUUUACUGCACACACAAGCCAUAACAGAAACCAAGAGCUCUCUGGAGGGUGAGAUCAGAGAGAGGCAGGAAGAGAGGGCGAGCCCGAGGAAGCCCAGGAAACAAAACCUUUAGCCUCUGUGUUUACGAUGCAUGUCAAACAAACGACAAUGACCUAAAAACAUUUUUUUGGUGGUGAAGAUGAUAUGAGGUGUCUUUAAAAAAUAUAUAUCUGUAUGAUAAACCUAAAGGGGGUGGGAGCCUGGGGAUCAAUUUGUAAAAUGUGUGUAUUUUUUUCAGUUGUAUUUUUUAUUUUUUACGAUAUCUAUUUAUUUUCUUUAGGUAUGUAUUGGAUAAACGUAUGUACGUGUUCCGUUCCUUCUUGACUUCAUUUGAACUAGUUUUAAAAGUAAAUAUGAAACAUUGAAAAUGGUCAUUCAAAUACGCUACUGUAUGUGUACAUUUUGAGAACAAAUUGUGCAAUGAUUUAACAGAUUUCCAUGAUUAAA